AUGAAUCCUUUCAUACAUAAUAAAUGGGCUUAUUUUGGCUCGGUGCAAGCAGCGGAUUCUUUGCUAAACUAUUAUAUAACAAAGCAAUUCGAACGUCUCUUCUUUAUAGCAAUUAUAAGCAGGAUCAUAUCACUUCCCAGCAUUAAUGCUAAUUGGAGGGAUAACGGUAGUUUACUAUGACUUGUAUCGAAGACUAGCUCUAGAAUACAUUUGUGAGCUCGAGGAUCUCCAAGACAAGCAACUAAAUCAAGACAACAAAUGCUAUCUGAUCCUCUAUUAAAGCCUUAUAACAUAAGCUCUCACUAA